CACAUCUCAAAAAUACUUAAAAAGUUACGAAUCGUUGUUUAUAAUUUGAAAGUUAGAUGAAGUAAAGACACUGGGAUUAUAAAAUAAAAAUUGGGGAAAUUGUAAAACUUGGCUUCUGGUGUAAUUACGCUAUGGAAUUUGAAAAAAUUCGUUAUUGAUUUGAAAUAAAUUGAUUGACUUUUCGAAUUGGUAGUGUAAUGUGUAACAAAUCAAACCGGGAUAUUGAUUAAAUUUGGAUUAAAAAUGCCUUUUUAUAAGAAAAGCAAUACCAAUCUGUCCAGAUCGAAAAGACUCGAAAAAUGCACAGAAAAAAAUGGUUUGAGAAGUUUAAUAUUUAACACAGUUGGAGACAAGUAUAAGGGGGAAUGGAAGGAAGAUAAAAAAUCAGGAAAAGGCGUUUUGGUGACAAGAAAUCAAGAACUUUAUGAGGGCGACUUUAGCAGAAACUACCGUCAUGGCUUUGGUAUUUUGGCCUAUCGAAUUCCUAGCACAAAAGUGUAUAAUUUGGCAUACCGGGGCACUUGGAGGAACGGUUGGCCAGAAGGUCACGGCCUCGGGAUCUAUAAGGACGGUAGUUAUUACAUGGGUGAAUGGAAACAUGGCAAAAGACAUGGGCACGGACAGAUGUGGUAUGUGAAUAAAUCCUGGUACCACGGUCAGUGGGUGAAUGAUCUUAAACAAGGAUUAGGGGUUUUUGUGAGAGAAGAUGGAAAUAGGUACGAGGGUGCGUGGUACAUGGAUAAGAAACACGGAGAGGGUAGAUUCUUCUUUUUGGUAACCGGUCAAAUACAAGAGGGUGUGUGGAAGGACGACUACUGCGCUUUUAGUGUGAUGUGUGAUAUUCCGUUCAGGCAGACCGCUAUUAGGCCUUCAGUGUAUCCAAUACCCAUUUGUGGCCUAAUAAAUAGAGACGCUAUUUGUAUCAAACAAAAGUGGAAGAUGUUGAUGGGGGUGGCGGACUCCUGUCUGUCCUUAGCCAGUGACGAGUCCGCGGAAAAAUUACAUGUACAGAAUCUGUAA